AUGGCAGACAUAGGGGGCACAGAUAUCCCAGAGGUACUGUCAGCUCCAGCCAUUCUGAGUAGUGUUAAUGAAGCCAAGCAGCUGGUGGAUGCAGCAUAUAAGCAUGCACGGAAAAGAUCAAAGCAAGCAUUGGAGGAAGACAAAGUCAAUCCAUCAGAUUUCCUAAAACAUUUAACAGAGCCAGUGGCAGGGACCAGAUCAGCAAUCCGAUCUGCUGAUUACAUGGAAACCACCCUGAGUCUCCUGAAAAAGAAGCUACAGCAGAAUAUGAAGAGACCAUUCAAUAUCACAGAUCUGCUAGAUGGGGAACAGAAGGCAACAAUUUCCAAAGCUACUGGCUGCAAGUAUCAAAUUUGUCCCAUCAAGUGUGCAGAGACUAGCAGUUACCGGACCAUCACAGGAGAAUGCAACAACAGGAAACAUCCUCAUCUGGGAGCUUCCAAUCAUGGAUUUGCCCGAUUGCUUCCGGCAGAGUAUGAGGAUGGCAUCUCUCUUCCCAAAGGAGUCACUGAAGGAAAACUUUACAAUGGAUUUGUACUUCCUCUGGUUCGAAAUGUGUCCAGCAAAAUUGCUCACACAGCCAAUGAGAACAUCACUCAUGACCAGGAGCGCUCUUUAUUUUUCAUGCAAUGGGGUCAGUGGGUGGACCAUGACUUGGACUUGGCCCCUGCUGCUGGUGAAGGCCACAACAGUAAAACAAUUAAUUGUGAGACCAGUUGCACCUAUCAGUCACCCUGCUUCCCGAUUAAGUUUCCUUCAGAUGAUCCACGUUUUCAGAGCUCAAAUAUCUGUAUGCCACUUACUCGUUCAGCUCCAGCGUGCAAUCCCAGAACAUUUAUACGAGAACAGAUCAAUGCAAUCACUUCCUUCAUUGAUGCCAGCAUGGUGUAUGGCAAUGAAGUACCUUUGGCUAGGUAUCUGAGGAAUCAGACAAACCAGCUGGGUUUGAUGGCUGUGAACCAGAAAUUUACAGAUGCAGGGUUAGAAUUACUGCCUUUUGAGAACAAGACCAAAAGUAUCUGUACUUUCACAAACAAGACAGCAAACAUCCCCUGUUUUAAAGCAGGUGAUGCACGAGCACCUGAAAAUCUGGGGCUUUCAGCUCUGCACACCCUCUUUUUGCGGGAACACAAUCGCCUGGCUGCUGAGUUAAGGAAACUAAAUUGCCACUGGGAUGGAGAGAAGCUCUACCAGGAAGCCCGAAAAAUAAUUGGUGCUAUGACCCAGAUAAUAACAUACAGAGACUACCUGCCCCGUGUAUUUGGAGAUGAGAAGGAGAAGUGGGUACCACUGUACAGUGGCUAUAAUGAGUCAGUUGAUCCCACUGUGACAAACGUGUUUUCACUGGCUUUCCGAUUUGGUCAUAGUUCUGUACAGCCUUUUGUGUCUCGGCUAAAUGAGGAUUUCCAGCCUUCAAGUUCAUAUCCCCGUGUUCCUCUUCACCUCACCUUCUGUGCUUCCUGGAGAAUUGUAAUGGAAGGUGGCAUUGAUCCACUUCUCCGUGGUCUGCUCGUUGAUCAUGCAAAAUUGAUGAAGCAGAGCCAAAUGGUUGUUGUGGAACUCCAGGAGCGGCUUUUUGAACAAAAAGAAGUGAUGGGUUUGGAUCUACCAGCCAUUAACAUGCAACGGGGAAGAGAUCAUGGUCUUCCAGGGUACAAUGCCUGGCGACGAUUCUGUGGGCUUUCAGAACCUCACAACCUGGAUGAACUCGCUCAUGUGCUGGGAAACCAAAAUAUGGCAAAGAAGUUCUUAGACCUGUAUGGGACACCAGACAACAUUGACAUCUGGAUUGGGGCCCUUGCAGAGCCCUUUGUUCCCCAGGGCAGAGUGGGGCCCCUCCUGGCUUGUAUCUUUGGUGUUCAGUUCAGGAACUUGCGAGAUGGGGACAGGUUCUGGUGGGAGAACCCGGGGGUUUUUACUCUGCAACAGCGUCGUGCCCUGAGCAUCAUCUCAUUGUCACGGGUGAUCUGUGACAACACCCGCAUCAGAAUGGUGCCCAGGGAUGUGUUCAAGGUCAACAGCUAUCCCUGGGACUUUGUGAACUGUAGCAAGAUUGACAGUCUUGACUUGUCAUCCUGGAAAGAAGAGAGUCACAGCGGACCAGAAGGUAGAGUGGACCCUCCCAUCUCUCUGGCCUUCUGCCUACACGUUUCCCCGACACAUAGCCUUGAAAUAGACAUCGCCAAAUGA